AUGCAACAUACGCCGCAAGCUAUAACCCUCUUGCUGGUGACCAUCAAGACUCAUGGCUCAAUGCUGGAUUCUCGGCCCCCGAAGCCUCUGAUCAACGAAUCCGACCUAACCACACAUCUUGACCUUAGCUGCCAUAUUCCCAUGAACAUACCCAACUCACCUCACACAACACCCCAACCCAACUCCCUAAAGAAUCGUACGAUCCUUGUCUCCACCCACCGAAUCACGACAGCUCCUUUUCGAGGCUCAAUCCUCACCUACUUCUCGCAUCGUCCCAUCCCUACUGUUCGAGCUGGAGUGGUGGGACCGGAAAACAUCUCCCGUGACAUCGGUGCCCUGCUCGGAGCAGCAACGAUGACACUAUCUGCAGAUAACGGAUCCCCCGACAAGAACAAGAACAAGAAGGGAUGGCCCGGUCGAGUCGACGGGGCGAGCUGCGUCAUCGAUGUGGGCGCACGCAUUGCGCACCUGAUUGAGCUCAGACGAUAUCGGGUUCGUUCCUCAUCGGCCUGUCGGAUGCAGGGGUGGUUCCGGGUUUGGGGAGUCAUAGUUGUGCCGGAGCUUUCCCCUUCCUCUCUCUCUCUCUCUCCCUUGUUGUUCGCGGCCAUGGGUUUCACCGGCGGACUGCACCAUACAGUCCAGUCCACUAUUGAGCAUCAUCAUCAUAUUCUCCUAGGAGGCUUGACCGGCAUGGAAGCCACGCAAACAACCGAACGGAUCGACCUUCUGACCAAGCAGAACAGUUGUUGCAGCCUAACGUUCUGGGCAUGGCAGGCCAAGACCCGAGACUCGGUUGGAUCUCCUGGCGGACCAACAGGACUGGUUUGCCCAGCCUGUGAUGAGCAGUGA